UUUUCGCAGGCGUAAUUGUUUUCCCGGUUCAAUAUUCCUGUUGCAAGAAUUUGAAAAUGUUCGAGUUCAUACUUUUUGGCGUUGUGGCCUUCCUGAUCAUUCUUUGUUGUGCCAAGUGCAGAUGCUGCCCUAUAGCCAAGUGCAGAGCACGUCGAGAAAUAGCCCGGGCACAAGCUGCCAAUGCCAUCAGAGUGACAUCCUCGGCCGCUCCCCCACAGCACAUUGUUGGAAGUUAUCCAAGCGGACAAGGAAAAGCAGAGCAACCUGGUCAUUCUCAGCCGACCAUUGUGAUACAACACAUAACCAGUGCACCAGCCCAACACCCGACGUACCCAGUUAACUACGUUCCGGUUCCGCAAGUGCAGCCUAUGAUGGGAAUGUUUCCUACGUCUCCACCGCCUUACAUGGGAUAUCCCAUGUCACAAACGAUUGUUAGCGUUCCACAGUCGAGUGCUGCCCCUGGUUUUUCGGAAGCCGUGACUGAUAAUCCCCCUCCAUACAACCCGAACUACAAGGGUUAAACUACUGAAUGCCGGAACUCAUGCGCAAUGUCUUCCGUGACGCCACGCGACGAUAAUCUCAAAAGCCUUGCGAUUCUGUAUAUCGUCGGUACGGUAAUGUGGAGCAUUUAAAAAUGCUUAUCAGUUGUUUUCUGAGGUUUCCUCUCGCAAGAGCUGACCGAAGAAAAUCGUGACAUAUAACUGUAUGCUUUGUUGUGAGAGUUCUGUACUUUCAGACUGUGAAAAAAAUAUGGUCUGCAUCGCGAAUGACUGGCAGGUUCGGAGCUUGAAAUAUUAUGGAAUGUGAAAAUUUUUUAUACUACUGCUACGUGCAUCCGAGCAAUUUGAACGAUCUGUGAAAAUUCGUGAACUUUGUAUUUUUUGUGUUGGGCCAUUUGGAAUUCCUCUGCCUCUGAGAUUACGUGAAGGCUGCAUUUUCGUCCAUGUAAGAGAAUCUAUGGCUUUCGCGUGCGAGAUUUUUUCGCAUUCUUUUCGAAAAUCGACAUUGUUUCCGACGUGACGACGGUUGGAGACUGGAAUAGUUUAUUUUGUUGACCGAGUUCGAUGUUCCAAACUUCUGCGCAAUGCAUCAAAAAUGUUGAAGCUUCGUGCACCUCUUUUUUUUAUCUGAGUCAUGCAAGUCGAGGGAAAACGCAAGUACAGUACUUGAGUCUGAUGCUUUUUUAGAUGAGUGGAUUCUGAUGACUGUUGAUAAUUUCCAAAAAGGGCUUUGUGCGAUAUGGGGAAUCCUUUUGACAUACAAAUCUUUCUGAGUGAUGACGAAAUUUUCCUCUUGCAGACUCGCUAAUUCCCGCCUUUUUGCGGAUACUAUGAGGUGUCGAACGUGCUUUGAACCAAAAAUGGGGUUUUGAUCAUUUUCAGAGGAACGUUUCACGAAUGCCUAAGGGAAAUUCGGUUUUAGGAGCGUGAUGAGCUUGACCGUGUUCGUUGUUGGUGUCUUCAUGUUUACUGCGAUCAUUGUCACGUGUAUUCACUGCCCAUUUUGUCCUUUCAAUGUUUACAUGAAGCAGACUUUAUGCAGUUUUACCAGAAAACUUUCAUGGAAAUGCCGUACAUCAACUAAACCUUACCUGACUUGACCCAAACCGAUUUAAACGGAAUUCGAGCUGCUAAUGAGACAUAAUCCAAAAGAAAAGUACUUUAGAUCUCACGAACGGUGGCAGAGUUCGGAUUACAGUACUGUAUGUUGAAACAAGGAAAAAUCACGGAGUUGGGUGGCAUGGGCGUUGACACGGGAAGAAUCUCUUCGUCUAAAUUUGAACCGAAACUUGUGAUCCGGAUGAAUCAUGAGUCAAAUCAAAUGGAAAGCCUCACGAUUAAGCAGCGAAGCUCUUUACUUGAUGAAUCACGAGAGUGGGUUUAUGCAGGUGCUUGCGUUAUCUACGUAUAAUUUUUGAGUCCUACCGCUUAUUUGGUUGGGAGUUCGCGUCCCUACUGUUCAGCGAAACCGACUGGGUAUGUUUUCUUCUGAUUUAUAUUCAUAAUGAGUGAAAUUUCGAUUCUUUUAAAUGUUGAACUGCGUUUGUUUUCUAAAUUUUCUAGCGAAAGCAUUUGAAUGACCUAAUUUUACUAUGAAAAUCUUUGAGUAUUUCAACGCGUAAACCGUUUGAAAUUAUUCGAUUUUCUUACCGAAGACGAUAGUUUGAGGGUGCGUCUGUGCUGUUUCAUGAUUUGAAUCUGGUGAAAUUCUUAUUUUCGUAUUGUUUCAGGUCUGUUUUUGCUGUCGCGAAGAUCGAAGGAAAAAUCUGGAGGUUAAACCGGUAUUUCCGAAGGCAUUUUGAAGUUCGUUGGCUGUUAUACUUGUUUCAAAGUGGGUUUUUUGUUUGGAACUUUGCGGGAAGACUGUGAUUUGAUCUCGUGAGUGGAUUUGCUGCUGGAAUCCUCCGUACAUUAUCAUGUGAUUCAUAUUUCACAGAUGGAGGGUGCUGGAAAUUGUCGGUUUGUGUUAAUAAUUCGUUUAAAAUUCGAGAAUACAUUAAUUUAAAAAAUUUCGAAACAUCAGAUUUUUAACGAGAGAUGUCUUUCAUAAACUGAUCUGUGUCUGUACUCUUGAGCUUUUCAGUACGAUAACAAAUGUUGUUCUGAUUGGUAAGAAGUUGAGUGCUCCGCUUUUUGAUUGGCUUCACUGAAAUUUGCUGACUAGUCAUCCUGUCUAGAUAAUCUUCCGGAUUCCAUCAAAUUUUGUUAAGAUUUGUGUUGUUUCUCGAAAAGACCGGUUACUUCAUAAAUUCUAUUUGAGCUCCGAUGUUGGGCUUGCCGAUUGGGGUACUGAAAAAUACUCGUGAUCAUUCAAAAGUUUAGUUCUGCCGUGUUGAUCUGAAAGUACAGAUUUUCGGGUAAGAUAUAAGUGCUGUGUUAUGUUACCAGUAGAAGCAUUUGCGGAAUUUUGUAACCAAAGGUUUCGCACUUGAAGACUUCGUGAGGAAGUGACUCUAAAUAUCUCGGAAUGUGUUCAAUGUCCGAUUUAUGAAAGCUAAGCGGGGUUUCUUUCGGUGUCGUUUGUGUUCGAAAAUUUUCUCGCUUGAAAUUAAUUUAUCCGUGUUUUUUACUCAACUGUUGAUUUUCGACCGCACUCGUGGAAGAAGCCACGUGUAAUUGUAAUGUACCUCAUAGAGCCAUUUAUCCCAUUUUAUGGGCAUGGAGCCAUUUCCUCGAGUCGAAACGAAACUAAGAAAUCCAUCUCCGUGCAGGUAUUUUAUAUUACUGCCUAGUCCAAUUUUGUACCGUCAGGGUUUGUAUUUUCGUAAGCAUUGAUACGUAUUCUGAGCUCCAAUAUCCGUGUUCGGAAACUUCAAUUUUUUUUGCCGAGAGUGUUCUUCAUUUCUAGGAAGAAUUAUACGGUGUCCGUGUUGGAA